ACAAAAAGAAAAGAAUUUCUUAGACGCCUCUCUCUCCUCUGCUUUCUUUCUCUUUCCUCUUUCCUCUUUCUUUGCUUAAGCAAAGAAGAGAAGAGAGAAAAGCUUGAAGGUUUUGAAGGUGGUUUUGGUGUUUGUUUGGUGAAGAUGUUGGUUGCUAACAGCUUUGAUCUAUGGCAAAAGGAUACCUUCUUCUCAGCAGCAGAGGAGGUUCAGCAAUCUGCAGAUAUAAUGGAAUCUGCGUAUAGGAGAUGGGAUAGAGAGAAGAGAGAAGGGCUAAAAUCGGAGGAUUUGGAUGAACUUUGUAGGGAGCUCCAAACUGCUCUAGGUACCGCGAAAUGGCAGUUGGAAGAGUUCGAAAAGGCUGUGAGGCUGAGCUACCGAAAUCGUACUGUUGAUGUUACAAUGGCGAGGCAUAGACAAUUUGUUGAUGCCAUAGAAAGCCAAAUUUCUCGCGUGGAAACGGGGUUACGUGAAUCUUGUAGUGAACAAGGUAAACAACCCCUUCGGUGGGUGAAUUUAAAUGAAGAAGAAUGCAAUGAUUUAGCCGCUUUUCUCUCUGGCACUCUCGGAACAUCACAAAUUAUGAAAGAUGAUCGUGCGAAUAGCUCUUUUAAAGAGAACAAUUGCACAAAAAAUGAAGAGUGUCAUAUUAACAAAGCUGCCAACAACAAGGACAUUCCAUAUCGUACAAAGAGAUCUAAAGAUGUUCUUGCUAGUAACAAGGAUGCUAUGUACGUCAUAGAUAUAGAACCGACAGAAAUUGUUGCAACAAGGGAUGAUAUCAACUGUCAAGUUGAUGGAGAAUUGGAUGCGAGGAGAACAUGGAGUUCACCGGAUAUUGGUGCUUGGAAGGUUGUAGUUUCUAAUGAAGAUCAGCAAAAUAAUGCAUUAGUAUCAAACAUUGAGGCCACGCCGAAAGAUAAGGGGUCUAGACCAUUCUUCUGGAGGCAGAGGUGUGGAGAUCGUCCCGAGGCGAAGGGAAGAAUAUUGAGUACCUCUCAGAUGAGAGGGAUUAGAUGGUUCAAUCAGAUCUUCGGACAGGUUGGUGGGUGUCAGAGACAAGUGCAAACCCAUAUGCAGUUGAAAUUGAGUUCUGUCCGGUUCAAGCUUGCUUUAAUGCUAACCCUUUUUCUGAUUGUGCCUUUUGUACUCUAUUCAACCUGACAGCAAGAUUUAUUAAUUGCUCCUGGGCAAGUUGAGAGGUAAUGUAGCAGUGCUCGUAUGGAAAACUGCAAAAACUGGGGAUUUUUCUUAUAAAAAAAAGAUUCGUAGUCACCGUUCUCAAGUUCAUGGAUUAUAAUUUGCAUCCGGGAAGAUUGUAUUUUUUAUAUUUUUACUCGAAAUGAAAAUGCAUACAUGUAGUCUUUGACACUAUCGUGUGAUUUGGUAGCUUUGACAAUUUGAUAUGGAAUGUCAAAGCUUCAUAUUUAAAAUGUGAAAGCAAAGAGAAAUUUCAAUCUCAGAAUGUGAAAGUCAUGAUUGUGCUUGGGAUAUCAAUCCUCUGCAUAUUUCUUUUUGAAAUUGUAAAAAGGCACAUUUUGGUUUUUUGUUGAAA